AUGGUAACGCACAUACUAUUAAUGUGUUUGCUACGAAGCACUUUUGCAGUGGUGGUUCCUUGGCUCGAUAAUGAUUUUUUUACCGAAAGCCAGGUGCGCACCGAAAACCUGGGGUUUGGCCGCCCGCCAGUGAUACCGCCUAACGAGAUAACAGACGACACACGAAGCCUUCCUCACGAAGGGUUCAUCCCUGACUACGUGAUAGAUAGUUGCCCUUUGGUGCAUCUCUACAGUGAAGAAGUUUAUUAUCCGGCUGACAUUUCAGACUAUAUCAAGCAUUUUGACAUUCGCGCCCAUAAUGACUCGAUUGUAAAAAACGCACCAGUGAGGCUUAGGGAUUUGGAUGCCAAAAUUACUGCGUCUAACGAGCUCAGAGAGUCUGUGUCAAGCCAGGAUACGUUUCUUUCCUCCCUUGACGACUUUGCUAGAGAUCCGCGGUGGUUGCUGGGACACAAACCAGAUUAUAGUUCAGGCCUUAUCGAAAACGCACCAGCAGUGUUGAUAGUGGUAGACAAAGGCAACGGCUGGGUGGACGCCUAUUGGUUUUAUUUUUAUUCGUUCAAUUUGGGUGCUUUUAUCAUGGGCUAUGGUCCCUGGGGGAACCAUGUAGGCGAUUGGGAACACUCUCUGGUGCGGUUUUACGAAGGAGAACCCCAGUAUCUUUGGAUGAGUGCUCACGGAGGUGGCGGAUGCUACAAAUACGAUGCUAUCGAGAAAAAAACUCGCGUGCGCUACGGCGAAACCGAACCGACUUCUAAGAUUUUGGAAAGACCGCUGAUCUUCAGCGCCAGGGGCACGCACGCAAAUUAUGCUUCUGUUGGUCAGCACGCACACGACGUACCGUUUUUUUUUAGCGCCCUUAGCGACUUCACAGACCGCGGCCCUCUUUGGGAUCCAUCCCUCAACUAUCUGGCCUAUACUUAUAACGGCACAGCUGCCACUCCUGCUUCAGAGCGCGAAGCAGAGAUUGGUAGCGAAUGGCUGUAUUACCUGGGUCAUUGGGGGGACAGGCAGCUAGACAGGAAAGAUCCACGGCAAAAGUGGUGUCCUGUGCAAUGGCGCUACAUCGAUGGGCCCAGAGGGCCUUUGGCCAAAAACCUGGAGCGAACUGGCCUUUGCGAGCGUCGCAAAUGGUGGAACUUCUGGGGCGGGUGCCCGGCAAGAAGAAGUAUAAAGCGCGGACAGGGCAUUGAUGCCGAGCACAACGACCUUGUGGGCGACAAUUGUGGAAUUCUACUCUAUAGAAUUCGUCCCAAAUGGCUGAGGUCUCUCGCGCGACUGGUUAUGUGGCGUGGAGUCACCUGCUUCAUCAUGGAUUACUUUACCGGUUGA